AUCACAUCUAACAUUCUCUCACUCUCACAAACCAAACACAUACAGAGUAAAGUAACUAUGAAGCUAAUGAACAAACAGAGUUCGAAGAGACUUCAGUUUCAGACAUGGGGAAAGCGGAUAGGAAGCUCAACAACGGAGUCAGUAACGCUUGGAAACUCAGAGGAAAGAACUAAAAUAAUGGCGUUUGCGUUCUCGUGUUGUGGGAAACCUCUUCGCGUUCUGGUGAAGCAGCUUGUUUUGAGGUUGAAAUCGCGUUUGAGAUUGUCGCGGAAGAGUUAUAAUAAUAAUAAUAACAAUAUUCAGUAUAGCUAUGAUCUCCGGAGCUAUCAUCUGAACUUCGACGACGGUUGGACUGGUCGAUGGUGAUAUUAAUCAAACAAACGAAAUUGAGUAAAAUAUAAGGAGCCUUUACUUUUCAUAUUUGUGUAUAUACUUUAAAGUCUCGAUCUAGUAUGUAUUUGUGUUAUCUUGCUUUCAAGAUUGCAAGGUCUGUUAAUGUUUCUUCAUAUGCUUUGUAAUUUGUAUAGUUGUUUAAUCCAAAAUGCAUUUUCUUUUUGAUCCAAAUACAUGUCAAAUAUAGAAACAGAUUAAUAUGCUAAUCCUUAGGAGAUUAAAGAAAGUUUAAACAACA